CAAGUGUCAAAUUGGAGAUUUCCGUAAAAGCCGAUUUCCAAACAUGUCAUUUUCAGCUUUUUGAAAAAUUAAAUAUAAAGAAAACAUUGAAGGAAAAGAACAUGUCUCAUCAUUAUGUUGUUACGGCUCACAAGCCGACUGCUGUUACAUCAUGUGUAACUGGCAAUUUUACGUCCCCUUCCGAUUUAAAUCUUAUUGUUGCUCGAAAUACUCGAUUAGAAAUAUACUUAGUAACUCCUGAAGGUUUAAGACCUAUUAAGGAAAUUGGAUUGUAUGGAAAAGUGGCAGUAAUGAAGCUAUUUCGACCACAACAUGAGAAGAAAGAUUUACUAUUUGUAGUUACUUUAAGAUACAAUGCUAUGAUUUUGGAAUGCAUUAGUGAUGGAGAAAAUAUAGAUAUCAUCACAAAAGCACAUGGAAAUGUUUCAGAUCGAAUUGGAAAACCUUCUGAAACGGGCAUAUUAGCAGUGAUUGACCCAAAAGCAAGAGUUAUUGGGUUAAGACUUUAUGAAGGCCUGUUUAAAAUUAUACCUUUAGAUAAAGAUAACUAUGAAUUGAAGGCAUCUAAUUUUAGAAUGGAAGAAUUGCAAGUUCAUGAUGUUGAAUUCUUACAUGGAUGUGCAAACCCCACUCUAAUUUUAAUACACCAAGAUGGAAAUGGUCGCCAUGUAAAAACCCAUGAAAUUUCUUUGAGAGAAAAAGAGUUUGUAAAAAUUCCAUGGCGACAGGAUAAUGUGGAAACUGAAGCUUCCAUAAUUAUUCCCGUACCAUCACCACUUGGAGGGGCUAUUAUUAUUGGCCAAGAAAGCAUAUUAUAUCAUGACGGCAUCACUCCAGUUGUAGUUGCACCACCAGUUAUUAAACAAAGUACAAUAAUAUGCUAUGCCAAAGUAGACCCAGGAGGUCUAAGAUACCUUUUGGGUGACAUGGCAGGUCACUUGUUCAUGUUGUUCAUCGAAACGGAAAGCAGAGGAGAUGGUGCUGAAGCUGUCAAAGAUCUAAAAGUUGAAUUACUUGGAGAAAUUGCUACACCAGAAUGUAUUACUUACCUAGAUAAUGGAGUUUUGUUUAUUGGCUCUAGAAUUGGUGAUUCACAAUUAGUGAAAUUGAACCAAAAAGCUGAUGAAAAUGGUUCCUAUGUUACUGUAAUGGAAUCCUUUACAAACCUUGCACCCAUUUUGGACAUGUGUGUGGUUGAUUUGGAAAGACAAGGGCAAGGGCAGUUGGUUACUUGUUCAGGUGCAUUCAAAGAAGGUUCUUUGAGAAUUAUUCGAAACGGAAUAGGAAUUCAAGAACAUGCUUCAAUUGAUUUACCUGGUAUUAAAGGAAUGUGGGCUCUUCAGGUAGCAGGAAGUAAUCAAGACAAUACCUUAGUCCUUUCUUUUGUGGGGCAGACUCGUGUUUUAAGCCUAAAUGGCGAGGAAGUUGAAGAAACUGACAUUGUAGGAUUUGCUUCUGAUCAACAAACAUUCUAUUGCGGCAAUGUUGUUCACGACCAGAUCAUUCAGGUCACUCCGAUCUCAGCAAGACUUGUAUCAGCUCAAAACAAAACUCUGUUAGCAGACUGGAAACCUCCGACAGAUAAAAAUAUAAGUGUUGUGGCUUGUAACACACAACAAAUUAUUCUUUCUACAGGAUCUGCAUUGUACUAUUUGGAAAUUCAUCCUAACGAACUUAUACUUAAAGGAAAUACUACACUGGAUGUAGAAGUUGCUUGUCUUGAUAUAAGUGUUCUUGGUGAAGGAACAACAUCGGAUUUAGUGGCAGUUGGUUUAUGGACUGAUAUUUCUGCUCGGAUUUUAAGGCUUCCAGAUUUAUCUGAAGCUACUAAAGAACUGUUAGGUGGAGAAAUUAUUCCUCGGUCAGUUCUGAUGGCAAGCUUUGAAGGUCACAACUAUCUGUUGUGCGCUUUGGGAGAUGGAUCAAUGUUCUAUUUCACACUACACAAAGACUCAGGAUUGUUGAGUGAAAAGAAAAAAGUAACAUUAGGAACGCAACCGACAGUUUUACGAACAUUUAGAUCUCUAAGUACAACAAACGUUUUCGCUUGUUCCGAUAGACCCACUGUUAUUUAUUCUUCUAAUCAUAAACUAGUAUUUUCAAAUGUUAAUAUGAAGGAAGUGAACCAUAUGUGCUCGUUAAAUGCUGAAGCCUAUCCUGAUAGUCUUGCAUUAGCAACAGAUACUUCAGUAACAAUAGGAACUAUUGACGAAAUUCAGAAAUUGCACAUAAGGACCGUUCCAUUGCAGGAAUCAGCUAGAAGAAUAGCUUAUCAAGAACAAACACAGACCUUUGGUGUAGUCACAGCACGUAUUGAUAUCCAAGACUCUACGGGAUUAAAUCCUGCAAGGCCUAGUGCUUCUACGAUGGCACAAUCUGUUACAAUAUCAAGCAGUGUAGGUUCAUUAGGAAUUAGCAAAUCCAGUAGCAGCAGUUUGUUAACGAGUCAAGUUCCUGAUUAUGGACAAGAAGUUGAAGUUCAUAAUUUACUGAUUAUUGACCAAAACACAUUUGAAGUAUUACAUGCCCACCAGCUUAUGCAACAGGAGUAUGCAAUGUCUCUGAUAUCUUGUGUCCUAGGAAAUGAUGCAGUUCCAUAUUUUAUUGUUGGCACUGCAAAUGUCAAUCCUGAAGAGGCAGAACCCAAACAGGGCAGACUUUUAGUAUUUCAUUGGGGUGACAAUAAAUUAACCCAAAUUUCUGAAAAGGAAAUUAAAGGAGCUUGUUAUUCUUUAGCCGAAUUCAAUGGCAAACUAUUGGCUAGCAUCAACAGUACUGUUCGGCUAUUUGAGUGGACUGCAGAGAAAGAAUUAAGGUUGGAAUGUUCACAAUUUAACAAUAUUAUUUCACUUUUUUUAAAAACCAAAGGCGAUUUCAUUUUGAUUGGUGAUUUGAUGAGAAGCAUGACCCUCUUGCAGUAUAAAACUAUGGAAGGGAGUUUUGAAGAAAUUGCGCGUGAUUACAACCCCAACUGGAUGACAGCCAUCGAAAUACUUGACGAUGACACGUUCCUUGGAGCUGAGAACAGUUUCAACAUGUUUGUCUGUCAAAAAGAUAGCGCUGCUACAACAGAUGAAGAGCGGUCUCAAAUGCACGAAGUAGGGCAGUUUCACGUAGGUGAUAUGAUCAAUGUUUUCAGGCAUGGAUCACUAGUUAUGCAAAAUAUUGGAGAAACGUCCACCCCUACAAGAGGAUGUGUCUUAUUUGGAACCGUUGGUGGUGCUAUAGGUUUGGUAACACAAAUACCACAAGAUUUCUAUGAAUUUUUACAAGAACUCCAAGAUAAACUGUCAUCAGUGAUAAAAUCAGUUGGUAAAAUUGAGCACUCUUUCUGGAGAGCGUUUCACACAGAUAUAAAAACAGAGAACAGUGAAGGAUUUAUAGAUGGAGAUUUAAUAGAAAGCUUUUUAGACUUGUCGCAAGAUAAGAUGAAAGAAGUAGCUGAUGGAGUAGGGAUGACUGUAGAGAAUUUAGUGAAAAUGAUUGAAGAUUUAACUAGGAUACAUUAAAUAAGAACAUGAAAAUAUAAUUUUGUUUCAGAGUGGAUUCCUUACUGUAAAUUAAUCAAGCAGUCUGUUUUAUAGUUGCCUGAUAAUUAUGUUUGAAAUAAAAAAUUUUCUUACAA